GGUGAUGGACGAAGAGGAAGAGGAAGAAGAAGAAGAAGAGGAGGAGGAGGAGGAAGAGGACGAAGAGGAGGAGGAGGAGGAGGAGGAAGAGGACGAAGAGGAGGAGGACGGGAGGGGGCAUAGGUGAUGGACGAAGAGGAAGAGGAAGAAGAAGAAGAAGAGGAGGAGGAGGAGGAAGAGGACGAAGAGGAGGAGGAGGAGGAAGAGGACGAAGAGGAGGAGGAGGAGGAGGAGGGAGAGGAAGUGGAGGAGGAGGAGAAGGAGGACGAGGCAGUGGAGGAGGAGGAAGGGGCUGUGGCAAUGGAGGUGGAAAAAGAAGAAGAACAGUAGGGGGAGGAGGAGGAGGAGGAGGAGGGUUUCUCUUUUUUUUUCACCGCAAUCUUUGAUGA